UCCUCAUUGAAAGCCAUUUAUGCCAAAUUUCUUAAUAUAUCGUUCUUCAGCUAACCCUUUACCGCUGUCUUUACCCAACUGGGUGGCUGAUUGUGGCAGAACUCCAUGGCCACCAACGACGAGCCGCCGCGCACCAGUACCACCGUUGAUCUCAUCAGCACAGGGACCACAAUCUCUAAAGAUUUUCCCUCAGAGUCUCUGAAAUUACUCACUCUGUUUUACAACGGUACUGGGGUCUUUCAAAUAAUUAAACCUGAACAUAAUAUUAAGGAUUCUUUCUCUAACCUUAUUGGUGGAGUUCUUAAGGUUAUUACUAUUGAACGGGGGAAAAUCUCUUGCCUCCUCACCGUCAAACCUCCUACACUGAAUGGUUAUGGCGGAAUGCAUGGAGGAGCAGUUGGGGCUGUGGCCGAGAGGUUGGCACUUGCUUGUGCUAGAACAGUUGUGGGAAAAGAUAAGAAUCUUUUCCUUGGAGAAUUGAGCAUUUCUUAUCUCUCUGCAUCUCCACAUAAUACUGAGGUAAUUGUUGAUGGGUCUGUGGUAAAGAGUGGGAGGAACUUGACAGUAGUUGCAAUUGAGUUUAGACACAAGGAAUCAGGGCGAGUGGCAUUCAUAGCACGUGCUACAUUCUAUAAUAUGCCCAUUGCAUGUUUGUGAUCCAAACAUCAAAGAUACAGACAUCUUGCUCAGUUCAUAAAACCUUUGAAGCGACCAUGGAAAAGAAACCGUGCAAACUACAGGCAAGAAAAUAGAGUGUUUUCUCAACUUGUUAAAGAAACCGUGAAUUAUUAUUGUUGCUUUAAAUUUGAUGCAUCAAGAAAGAUAAAUAGAAUAAGCGUCCGUGUUACUUGCUAAGGAUGUUCUGUAAUGAUCAUUUUAAUAGUAAUUUUGUGAGACUUGAUUAUUUUUUUGCGAAAUUAUCAAGUGAGUCGCUUAUUUUAUGAAAUUUCUUCACGAAAGUUGGAAA